ACAGGAACAGAGGAGGAGGGACACAGAAGAGCCGUCAUGGCCUCUUGGCAAGGAAGGAGCCCCCAGGACCUCAACACCUGCCUACCCAGAAUCUUGCUCCUCCUGGUCCUGUUGGUGACUUCAGCCCAGGGCAUUGCGUCCAGCCUCAAGGAUUGCGUGGUACUGCCGUCGGCUGAGGGCACCACCGUCACGUGCCACGGUGCCACCGAGUUCCCGAGUCCCCUCCCGGCUGAUACUGUCCAUCUGUCUGUAGAAUUCUCCAACUUGACGCAGCUGCCCGCCGCCGCCCUGCGAGCGUGUCGGCGCCUGCGGGAGCUGCACCUCUCCAGCAACCGCCUCCAGGCGCUGUCCCCGGGGCUGCUGGCGCCCGUGCCCGGUCUGCGCGUCCUGGACCUGACGCGCAACGAGCUUCGCCGCCUGCCCCUGGGGCUCUUCCUCACCUCGGUCGCCCUGCGCACCCUGGUCCUGCGGGACAACCGGCUGCGGGACGCGAGCGCGCGGUGGCUGUGGGGCCUGCGCGCCCUGGGCCACCUGGACCUGGCGGGGAACCAGCUGCGCGCGCUGCCCGCCGGGUUCCUCACUGGCCUGCGCGCCCUGAGCACCCUGGACCUGGGCCACAACCUGCUGGAGACUCUGCCCGCCGGCCUCCUGCGGGGCCCCAGGCGGUUGCAGCGCCUGCACUUGGAAGGGAACCGGCUGCGGAGGCUUGGGGACGACCUGCUCGCGCCCCAGCCCUUUCUGCGCGUCCUGUUCCUGAGCGACAACCGGCUGGCCUCGGUGGCGGCCGGCGCCUUCCGGGGCCUCCGGCGACUGGACAUGUUGGAUCUGUCCAACAACUCUCUAUCCAGUACGCCCCCCGGCCUGUUGGCGUCGCUGGGGAGACCGGCCCGCGACAUGCAGGACGGCUUCGACGUGUCGCACAACCCCUGGGUCUGCGACGAGGACCUGCGGGACCUGUGUCGCUGGCUGCACGCCAACAGACAUAAGAUGUUCUCGCAGAACGACACGCGCUGCGCGGGGCCCGAGGCCCUGAGGGGACGGCGGUUGCUGGAUGUGGAGGAGCUGGGGUCCCCGUAGGCUGGUGACUGGGGCACGGGCUCCCCAUUAUCUCAGGGACUGAGGUUCCCUGACCCCUUCCGAGCUCUUCGC